AUGCCACCAAGUUUGAAAGUUCGUAGUGCUCGGAGUGCUCGUGAUGACCAUGAUGCUUUCACCACCAGAUCGAGAACAACCAAGUGGUCAUCAUUGUUGUUGCUGUUGGUUCUAUCCUCAUUUCAAAUGAAACGACCAAAUGAUUGGCCAUUAUAUACACUGAUGAGCUCGGCUGUCAAGGAUAUCAAUAUCACCACCACUAGUGGCAGUUAUGAGGUAUCUGAAUCUUAUUAUCAGAACCCAUCUCCAUCGUUAUCAGCCAUCACCAGAACAUCUUGGAAUUAUCAGCAGGCCGAUGCUACUUUGAUAACAGCAUUUUUUCCUCUGGGCAGCUCGAUCCGGCACACACCAGAAGAAUACCAGGACUACAUGACCAAACUCUUUAGCAACUACGACGCCAUGAUCAUCUUUACUUCCCCUGAAUUUGAACCCAACAUACGAGCAAUGCGACAGCAAAAACUAGAGCUAAGUCUAAUUGUGACCAUGUACUUGAACGAGACCAAAUCGUGGAAAAUGUUCCCCGAACACUUUUGGUAUAAUGAUGUCUUUCAACCAUCCCGAAGGAUCCGAUCACUGGGUUCCAACAAGGGCAUUGUGGAUCAUUUACCGUAUGUGGUUUGGAAUUCCAAGGUGGAAUUUCUAAAGAUUGGAUCAGACAAGAACCCAUUCCAGUCCAACUUUUUUGCAUGGACUGAUGUUGGAAUGGUGCGAUGGGAUCAAUAUGCUAAUACUACAUUGCUACAACGAAUACCAUCCGAGUUGCCAAACAAUAAACUUCUGAUCAUGGACGUUACUCCCGUUCUUUCCCACAAAAAGUACAAACAAAUGUCAGCUGGUAUGUUUGCUGGGCACAAAACAGCAAUCGACCUGUAUUACAAGAAAUAUUAUCAAGUGAUGGAAGCCGCUGGAAAUUCAAAAGAUGCGCCCCUCCUUUCUACAGAGCAGUUCCUCCUUCAUCGAACCUGUCUCCAAUCUCCAGGAUUGUGUCAUAUCAUCGUGCCAAUGGAGUCCAAUACACUUGGCCCGGCCCUCAAAUUUCCUUAUUUCUACAUGCUGGCCAUGUUCAAUGCUAAUCAGUACAAAAUGAUGCAAUUGAAUGGCAAGAUACACCCAUGCAAUGGCAUGCAAAGCCUGAAAUUACAGGACGAAUGCGUUGCGACUGCGGCAGCAAACAAAAGUUAG